AUGGGGCUACGCAGUGGGGGCAGGGACGGAGGAAGGGAGCAAGCAACGAAGGUGAGGGCAUGGGCAGUGGCAGGAGAGGAGGAGAAGGAUGAGAAGGUGAGGGAAUGGGCAGUGGCAGAAGGGGAAGAGAAGGACAAGAAGGAGAAGGCGGGAGGGUGUGAAUUUGUAGCAGCAGACACUGAAGGGAAGAAUGAGAAGGUGAGGGAAUGGGCAUUGGCAGAAGGGGAAGAGAAGGACGAGAAGGAGGAGGCGGGAGUGUGCGAAUUAGUAGCAGCAGGCACUGAAGGGAUGAAUGAAAAGGUGAAGGAAUGGGCAGCCACAGAAGGGGAAGGGAAGAAUGCGAGGGAGGGGACCUGGGCGUGCGUACCAGCAGCCGCGGAAGCAGAAGAGAAGGACGAGCAGGUGGGGGCAGGAGUGAGCGAAAUUGCAGCACGAGAAGUAGAAGAGAGGGACGUAGAGGCGGGGGCAAGGCCGUGUGUACCAGCGACAGCAGAUGCGGAAGGGAAGGGCGAGAAGGGGGGAGCGGUGAAGAAAGGAGGGAAGAAGGAGCUGAGCAGUACAGACAUGGGAGGGAGUGGUUGGCAGCCAGCGCUAAGGACAGCGGAGUUGUUCGGGGAAAUCAGGGCAGGGGCAAAGACUGGCGUGACAAUGAAGGAUCGGAUGCAAGCAGAGGAGCAAGCGCAGGGGAACAAGCUGGCGGAGCAGCAUGUGAGGAAGCUGCGGGAAGGAAGGCCAGAGCUGCUGGGGGAAGCAGAGCAGGAGAGUGAGGAAGUGGGGGCAGGGGAGCCCCUAGCAACAGGGGAAAAGGCAGACCAUGCAAUGGAAGAAGCGGAGAACCGGGCGGCAUGGGAGCAAGCUAAGGCAGCGGGACACUUGGAGGAGGUGAUACCGGUAUCGGUGGAGGACCUACAUACCGUGCAGUUGAGGGAUGCGUGCAGCCGUGAGCAGUGGCAGCAGCAGGAAGGCAAGGGGAUAAGGGCGGCUAGAGAGCACAAGGUGGGGAAAGGCCAGAAUAAGAAGGAAGGGAAGAAGGUGAGGACAGAAGGCAGGGAAGAGGCAGGGGCAAGGGAGGAGUGA